GUGGAGCGCGCAGCGUGAAGUCCAUCGCUUAACCGCGCGUUGUUGUUAGUGGCGGACGGGAUCGAGUCGGCUCCUACUCGCUCGUGUCCUUUGAGACCGUGCGGGAGUGAGCCGUGUCGAGGUGACUCCUACAUCGCAGCAUCCUCGAGGCUUCCUCGUGACAGGACGCUCUUCGCGGCUAUGCCCACGCUGAUGCAAUCGUCUGACAUCACAUUGGUGAACGACGAGAGCGACGAGACGGACAUCGGAUUCGACCAAGGCAUACCGAUGCAUCAUCAGGAUUCGCUGCACCAUCAGGAUGCAACACAAAACCGAGAGCGCAGCAAGUUGCUGCUGCGUAAACUAAGCCAGACCCGCGAGCGAGAGCGAGGCAAGGAACGCGAACAGGAGCGUGAGAGAUUGCAUCAGUUGCAAUCGAUCAACAAUCUGCUGCUCGAUUUGCCAACGCCGCCAUCGCCAUCGCAUCUCCCAAAUUUUUCGCAGGACGCCUCCCAGUCGGACAAGAACGUCAGCAUUGAUGGCGACAGCGCAAUCUCUGAUAUGUUCGGACUGGGUUUACCUCGAGGAUCUCUGAUGGGAAAUCAAUCGACGAUCGGUUCCUCAAGCUAUCGUAAUUAUCAGUACAGCAGUUACGACCAAACGCAAGGAUCUUUACAACACGAGUGUCAUCGGAAUCACGGUUUCUGCUCGAAUACCUCAGGCCUGGAUAUUCCAAGUUCACCGAAUUCAAUGACCACUCCCGGUAGCCCGAGCACACCUGGCAGCUUUACUUCAGAUCCUUACAGCUAUUCGUCCACUGCCAGUACCAGUACGAACACGCCGUCCUCACCAACCAGUCGACCGUCAUUCCAAUAUCCGGGCUCUUCGUCAUCACCUACCGAUUCAUCAUAUUUCGGUCGUCCUAUACGAGGCUGCUCUACACCGUACAGUGAUUGUGAUAGCCCAACAUUGGAAUUUUCUCAUCUUCUGGGAUGUAACGGCUCGCGUUCCAAUUCACCGGCGGACUCGGAGACAAGUGGUAUUGGUAGCGCUGAUGGCUCCUUAUCUGACAUAAUAUUGAAUUGUUUGUCGUUGAAUUCUUCAUCGAAUUCUUGCUUCCCGCCGUCUUUGGACUCUAUAAUAUCAAAAACAAACACGUGCCCAAGCAAUAGAACGGCGUUUGAGCGUAUGGCUGUAAAAAAAUACUUGUCAUCGUUACAACAGAAUUCAACGAGCUCGCAUUAUUACCAGCAUCAUCACGGACUCGGGCAAAAUCGCAGUAAUUUUCUCAAUUCUCUCUUGAGUCACGAGAAAAAUUGUUGUACUGGACUUGGAAACGCUGCGCGCAGAUUGACCCAACCAGUGUCGCUCGAUCGUGUAGCGAGGUCUCACCGAAAUGCUGCUGCACAUUGUUAUCCAACAUGUACAUGGAGUGGUUUUCUGCCUCAAAGCAUCGAAGAGCCAGUCGCUUACUCUCCUAAAGUUUUUCUAGGAGGUGUACCAUGGGAUGUUACAGAAGCUAUCUUAAUUUCAACAUUUAAGCAAUUCGGGCCAGUCCGUGUAGAAUGGCCCGCAAAAGCACCAUCCGCUCAGCCAAAAGGAUACGCUUAUAUUAUAUUUGAAUCAGAGAAACAGGUCAGGGCAAUGUUGUCCUGUUGCACCCAUGAUAUUACCAAUGGAAAAAGAUGGUAUUACAAAAUUAUAUCCAAGCGUUCAAAGCCGAAAGAUGUACAAGUGAUUCCGUGGAUUCUCGAAAAUAGUAAUUACAUUAAAUCAUCAUCACAAAGACUCGAUGCACACAAAACAGUAUUUGUUGGUGCGCUACACGGAAUGUUAACGGCCGCAGGACUAGCAAAAGUUAUGGACGAUCUUUUCCAUGGAGUUAUUUACGCAGGUAUAGACACGGAUAAGUAUAAAUAUCCAAUAGGGUCCGGCCGUGUUACAUUCAGUACGAAACAAUCGUAUUUUAAAGCAAUCACCGCUUCCUUCAUAGAAAUUAAAACUGACAAAUUUACAAAAAAGGUACAAGUGGAUCCGUAUAUCGAAGAAUCGAUAUGCUCCGUAUGCGUUGUGCAACAAGGGCAUUAUUUCUGCCGCGACGUGGUUUGCUUUCGAUACUUCUGCCGCAGCUGUUGGCAAUGGCAACACGCUGUAGACUCGAUGUCACAUCACACACCUCUGACGCGGAACUCGAAGACAAAUCAAGUGAUAGGAUUGAAUCCAAAUUUCGGAAUAAGUAACUGUCCCCGUAUAUCAAAUACGACCAUGAUCUAAAGGAGGCGACAUGUGCGAAAAACAUCCUAUACAUGUGCGGCCAGUAAAAUUGUUUUUUGUUCGCGCGCCCAUCGUUCUCUUCUUUUUUGUUCCUUUUUGACUCUACCGGUUAAACCGACGUUGCGCCGCCUGACCUAGAACAUCGGGUAACAGGGUGCAGACUUAGUUUUUCAGUUCGCGCUUAGAGACGAAAUUAUGCGACUCAAGGGGAGCACGAAUCGGUCGCUGAUUAUUUGACGUGCCUACUCGCGUAGCCGCGGACAGCUUAGGAUUAGUCCGACAAUACGGGGACACCGCCGAUUGAGAACGCGCAACGAUUGGUUCAUUAUCGUUACCGUGCGUGCGAAAGGACAAGAUAAAUAUUAAAAAUCAUGUUUGUUCCAAAAAAAAGUUCCUAUUGCGAACGCAGUUUUUACUACGUUCGAGAAAAACGAUAUAUUUUUAUUUAGUACGUUCACUUAGAGAGACAGGUUCUCUUAUCGAUUUUUUUUUACCGUAAAAUAAUAUCGCCAAAACAGUAGAUGCUAGGAUUAUGGCCGUGAUCGUGCAUUAGUAAUAAGCACAUGUACACAUACGUGUAUACAUAGUUUUUUUCGUUAGAGUCGUGAGAGUUGUAUUGUGGCUUUCACAAUGACAAUAAUUUUUUACGCGAGACACGAUAGGGCUCCGUUAUAACAAUUUUGAGCUGGGCUCAAUGAAACACGUAGAAUUCUCAGGAAAUCUAAUAGCACCAUUAUCAUCGUGCGUUUAUUGUGUUAAAGUAUUACGCUUAAUUAUGUAUCGUUAUGAUAAUAUUAGAAAAGAUUAUUCUGAAAUGGCGAGAUAAUAAUUAUGCUAUAAUUAUUUGUCAUUACUACUAUAUUGCGCGUGUAAUCUGAUAGUAAUGUAAUAUAACGAGAGACUUACCGGAUGUACCAUAUAACUCGCUAAUCAUUCUUCCAUUACGAUACUUGUCAAUGACGUUAAACAUUGUUAAUUUUACGUUAGAUUACAAUGUAUCUCUACAUUCGAUUAGCGGUGUAACGUAAAUGUGUUGCGUUAUUGACCGCGAUCGACUACAUUUUUGUACUAUUAGCCGAAGCGAGCGGCUGCCACAGAUAUUUCGCUCACAUGGACUGUUUAACGGUUGACGAAAUGGAGAAGUACAUGGUCUACGAUUCUGGCGCGGAUUGUAGGGGAAUUGAGUCGUUUUUAUUUUUUUUCUUUUUUUUUCUUACUUUGUAUAAUUGUGUUACACCUCUUUAAAUAAGGUUCAUCCUUCACUCGCGUUUCUCCCGUUUUGAUACAAUUUUGUUGAAUUAAAAGCCACAUUUUUGCAGAUACUCUAUGUCUGUUUUUAUUUUUUAUUUGUCAUUCCAUUUUCGUAUUUAUCAAUA